AUGACCAUCACGACACAGGAACCCAGGGUGCGGCUUGUGGUGGACGGGUGCCCCAUUUCCUUCCUCUUAGACACCGGAGCCACUUUUUUGGUCCUGAGGGAGUUCUGGGGCCCAACUACACCUUCUACCUCUCCUAUUGUCGGGGUAGGAGAUUACCCAGAAAGUUUCCCAAGCUCUCUCUUUCCAGUGGCACUUACACUGUCUUUAUCGUCGCCAGGCUUCCGGAAAGGUUGCUCCGAGGCUGUCAGUAUCACUCUUUCCAAUUCCAAGUUAGUUAAACAAGCCAACCGCCCUUACCUUUGCUUCCUCUUUGAUCAGACCCGUGAUUACUGCCACUGGUGGCCUGACACCUAUGGCGGCUGUCCGUAUUGGUCAUGUCAGGCUGUCCCUGCAGGAUCCCAUGUGCGGCUGAAUCUUCAGACUGGGGCAAGAGAGGCGAAACUUCAAUACAAAGACAAAUUCCAAAAUAAUUUGAAAGGGUUGAAAAAAGGCAGAAGGCUGGACAUCAACACCAACACCUACACAUCUCAGGACCUCAAGAGUGCACUGGCAAAAUUAAAGGAAGGAGCAGAGAUGGAGAGUUCAAAGGAAGACAAGGCAAGGCAGGCUGAGGUAAAGCGUCUCUUCCGCCCCAUCGAGGAGCUGAAGAAGGACUUUGAUGAGCUAAAUGUUGUCAUUGAGACUGACAUGCAGAUCAUGGUACGGCUGAUCACCAAGUUCAACAGUUCCAGCUCCAGCCUAGAAGAGAAGAUUGCUGCACUCUUUGAUCUCGAAUAUUAUGUCCAUCAGAUGGAUAAUGCGCAGGACCUGCUUUCCUUUGGUGGCCUUCAAGUGGUGAUCAAUGGGCUGAACAGCACAGAGCCCUUGGUGAAGGAGUAUGCUGCAUUUGUGCUGGGGGCUGCCUUUUCCAGUUGUCUUGGAGCUGCAGCAGCUGUCUUGGACCAGUGAGGUAAGAAGCACAAGGACAAAAAGCCAACCUG